CCCGAAACUUCAACGCCACCGAACACAGCAUUGUCACACUUCAACUCACAAACCCCUCUUGCAGCCAGAACACAUCCAUCAACAUGUGUAUCGCUAUACUUACAACUGCGCAUCCAGACUACCCAUUCAUCCUGCUCAACAACCGAGACGAAUAUCUUCACCGUCCAACGGCAGAAGCAACAUGGUGGCCAUCUCCAGAUUCCCAAGUCCUAGGCGGCUACGAUCUACACCGCCCUGCUCAUGGCACCUGGCUAGGUGUGACUCGCCAAGGCCGAAUCGCAGUAUUGACCAACUACCGUGAGGAAGAUCAGACCAUCGUUGAGGGAGCACGAAGCAGAGGGCUGAUUCCAAACGCUUGGUUGAAAAUCGACCCAAAGAAAGACGAGAGUACGGAGGAUUUUGCGAGGCGAAUGAUUGAAGAAGAUGGUGUUGAGGGCGUAGGUGGAUUCUCUCUAUGCUACGGGUUCAUUCAGGAUGUCAUCAAAGAAGAAGGAAAAGGUCUAGCAAUUGUCAGCAACCGCACUCCAGACGUACACGGCGUGGUCCAUCUCCUGCAGCAGCAAAACGAGACCCGAGCUCUCAGCAACGCCGCCUACAGCGACCGCAGCUGGCCCAAAGUAACGAACGGAGAAACCUGGACGCGCACCGCUAUCGCUGAAUCCGUCGCUGCAAACGAAUCCCGCGAUCAACUUAUCAAUCGUCUCCUUGAUAUCCUGACCACUGACACCAUGCCUCGGCAGAAAGAGAAUGAGGAGUGGGACAUGUAUCUCAACCAGCUACGUCACAGCAUCUUCAUACCGGCCAUCGGACGAGGCCAUCUUGAAGAGCACAAGAUGCCUGCGCAUGAGAUUGGCGACUUGGUCAAGGCGAAAGCGGUGGAUGCUACGAGUGGGUGCUAUGGUACGCAGAAGAACAUCGUAGUGUUAUGUGACAAGGAUGGCAAGGUGACGUAUUUCGAGAGGACACUGUAUGACGGCGACGCGAAACCCAUUGAGAAGGGCAAGGGUGACAGGGUGUUUGAUUUCACGAUCGAGGGGUGGUAAGACGAUAACGAUGACAACUCGUCGGUGCUAGGGUCUUCGUUCCAUUCACUUCCAUCUCAACUUCAAUCAUCAACAUGUCAUGUCCACAUUCUGUUCUUUUCCACGUUCUUCCGGUUAGAGCAGUCGAAGCCGCCAGUAUAUCUUGACUCCAAGAGCUCGGAUUAUCUGUUGCCAACGCGUCAGUGAAGCCCGUCCAUUUUGGUCGCUCCGU